UUUAGGGUUUUUUGUGUGCCGUCACGUGCUCUUGUAGGCUCUGCCCCUUAGCGGAAGUACAAAGUGUAUCAGACCGGAAGUCCCGAGUGAGGAGCGGCCCUUAGCUUGACAUUUUUAGGCACUGAUUGGCUUCCUGCUGUAGUUUCCUCCAGCCUUUGUCCCGAGAGGUCCAUCAGAUCCAGCUGAAUCUCCCGCAGUCAUGUCGUACGGACGGACAGAGCAGCGCGCCCCGCCGAAGGACUUCAGCAGCCUCAUCCAGACAUGCAGCUCCAACAUCCAGAAGAUCACACAGAACACGGCACAAAUCAAGAGCUUGGUAAACCAGCUGGGAACAAAACAAGACACCAGUGACCUGCGGGAGAAACUUCAGCAGGUGCAGCACUACACGAACCAGCUGGCCAAGGAGACCAACAAACACCUGAAAGACCUCGGCUCACUCUCUCUACCCGUCUCUCUGUCAGAACAGAGACAGCAGAAAAUCCAGAAGGACCGGCUGAUGAAUGAUUUCUCCGCAGCUCUCAACAACUUCCAGGCAGUGCAGCGUCGAGCCGCAGAGAAGGAGAAGGAGUCCGUGGCCCGAGCCCGAGCAGGGUCUGGACUCUCAGCUGAAGAUGGAGGUCAUGAAGAUCAGCUGGUCUCCUUUGAAAAUAAUGAUGAUUGGGGUAUGACCACCACUCAGACAGAAGACGUGGCCAUAACAGAGGAGGACCUGGAGCUCAUUAAAGAAAGAGAAACUGCCAUUCAACAGCUUGAGUCGGAUAUUUUGGAUGUGAAUCAGAUUUUCAAGGAUCUUGCAGUGAUGAUCCAUGAUCAGGGUGAAAUGAUCGAUAGCAUAGAAGCUAAUGUGGAGAGUGCUGAAGUGCAUGUGGAGAGAGGAGCUGAGCAACUCCAGAGAGCUGCUCAAUAUCAGCAAAAGUCUCGUAAGAAGAUGUGUAUCCUGGCAGUGGUCCUUGCCUUAGCGGUCGGUAUUAUCGCUGUUAUCAUCUGGGCAUCGACAAAGUGAAGAUCCAUCCUCUACCCUUCCCCUUUUUCUCUCAUUUCAUUUAAUUUAUUUUCUUACUCGCAAACCCAGUGCCAUCCACAUGGGAGGGAGGGAGGGAGGGAGGUGAAAGGCUCUGAGCAGCACCUGCAGGUCCAUCUCUGUAGUUUUGCAGGGUUAGAUACAGUAUGAAGUGGCAUAAGCGAAUGUAACAUUCCCUAGCUUCUCCCCUCCAGACCUUUAGUCAUAAUGAAGGAAGAAGAGCUCAUGGAUGGGGUGGGGAAAAAAUAAUACAAGUGGUAUAAAAUUUCAUUUUGAUUCUUGAUAUAUUCCUAGCACUAACACUACUUUACAUUUCUUAAUAAAUCCAGGUUAUUUCAUUUUGAGAAGUUCAUUGGAAUGAGAUGAGACAUUUUGAUGACUGAAUUUGUUUUUUACAUCUUACUGUAAAAUAAUUUUGGCUUUAGAUGUCUUGUACAAUGUACAUUUCAACUCUUUUAAACUUGUCAAGUCGCUCCAAAGUUUAACAACAAACUGCUUAAAUGAGCUGCAAAAAAUUAAUUGUAUAUUUGACACCAUGUUGUAAUCAUAAAUCAGUAGACUAGUAGAACUGCAGGUAUGAAGCAGCAGUGAUACCUAAAGCUCAAAAAUCUCUGGACUUCAGAUUCAAUACCGUUACUGGUGUUAACUAAAACUUUUAUUAUACAGGUCUAUUAUAUGGUGGUCAAAUAGCUGUAAAUGUGUUGUAUAAGAACUCGUAAUCGAUAUUAUGGCUGAAACUCAUUUGUAUAUUACAUUAAAAGUCUGCACAGAACAUUAAAAUGAUGUAAAAAAAAAAAAAAAAGAAGAAAUGCACCCAUACUUUUAGAACAUGCAAAAAUGAUUGUCUUUUUCUUUUUAAAAAAUGAUUUUUAUGAAUUCUAUGAGUACACGAGUAAAGAAAAAUGUCUUAAUCA